AGCUCCAGUCUUUUCCUCUCCUGUUCUUCCCCUUGGCUCCCUCUCCGCCUCUGCCUGGCUCUGGCUCGGAAGCCUGAGUCCCUCCCCUCUGCCCUCCACCUGCCUCUCUCAACCUCUCUUUCCCGUGAGCACCCCACAGGGCUUCCGCAACCCCUUAUCUUUCUCGCCAUCUCCAUUUCCCUCCCCCUCUCCCUCCUGGCCACCUUCCCACUUUCCCGUCUGUCUUCUCUCUCCCCCUCAGCUCUCUCCAUCGCCUGUCUCACCCCAGUUCUCCUCUCUCUGCUCCCUGGCCGUCUCUUCCCUCUCCACAAUGUCUCUGUCUCUCCUUCUCCUCACCAACCCCGUUCCCCCCACCUCACCCUGACUGGGCAGCAACAACAAACAUCCCUCUGGCAGGCCCGCCGAUCCCUUCCCACUCAGCACAUUCACUGCCGCCUCCUGGCCAUGGGUGCAGCCGGGUGCCAGCCUCUCAGCCUCCCCAUCUCUGCCUCAGUGGGACCCUGCCUCGCCCUGGUCACUCUAACACUCCCCAACCCAGGCCCAGCCCUCAGCCCCACCCUCCCUGGCACCCCCUGGCCCUGGUUCUCCCCUCCCAGGCCUCACAAAGCCCCCGUCUUGUUUCUGUGGCUGCCCCCUGCACCCUUCCCAGCUGUCUCACCAGAAACCAGCCCUAACACGCCAGAGCCCCAUCUCUCAGGUCGGCCUCCUGCCCUCCUCCCUCCCUCCCUCUCUCCUGCCUCAGCCCCGCCCCGGCCCCUGGGGCCCUCCCUGCUCCCGCUCCACUCCCCUCCCCGCCCCUCUAGACUGGCUGGGCAGGGCUGGGCCCCGCCGGUCGACAACACAGGGGCUGGGGCAGGCAGAUCAGAGGGAGCUGAGGGAGGCCUGACCUGAGGCCGGCACCCGGAGCUGGCGGGAGCCAGACCCAGAGCUCCCGCGGCCGCCCCUUCCCUGGGCCGGGUCAUGCGCUGCCCCAAGUGCCUUCUCUGCCUGUCAGCACUGCUCACACUCCUGGGCCUCAAAGUGUACAUCGAGUGGACAUCCGAGUCCCGGCUCAGCAAGACCUACCCCAGCCCUCGAGGCACCCCACCAAGCCCCACGCCAGCCAACCCUGAGCCCACCCUACCUGCCAACCUCUCCACCCGCCUGGGCCAGACUGUCCCGCUGCCCUUCGCUUACUGGAACCAGCAGCAGUGGCGGCUGGGGUCCCUGCCCAGUGGGGACAGCACUGAAACAGGGGGCUGCCAGGCUUGGGGGGCCGCCGCCGCCACCGAGAUCCCUGACUUCGCCUCCUACCCCAAGGACCUCCGCCGCUUCUUGCUGUCAGCAGCCUGCCGGAGCUUCCCACAGUGGCUGCCUGGAGGUGGUGGCGGCCAAGUCUCCAGCUGCUCAGAUACUGAUGUCCCCUACCUGCUGUUGGCCGUCAAGUCAGAACCAGGGCGCUUUGCAGAACGACAGACCGUGAGAGAGACGUGGGGCAGUCCAGCUCCAGGGAUCCGGCUGCUCUUCCUGCUAGGGUCUCCGGUGGGUGAGGCGGGGCCUGACCUAGACUCACUAGUGGCCUGGGAGAGCCGUCGCUACAGUGACCUGCUGCUCUGGGACUUCCUCGACGUCCCAUUCAACCAGACACUCAAAGACCUGCUGCUGCUGGCCUGGCUGGGCCGCCACUGCCCCACCGUGAGUUUUGUCUUGCGAGCUCAGGACGAUGCCUUUGUGCACACCCCUGCCCUGCUGGCUCACCUGCGGGCCCUGCCACCUGCCUCGGCCCGAAGCCUCUACCUGGGUGAGGUCUUUACCCAGGCCAUGCCUCUCCGGAAGCCAGGAGGACCCUUCUAUGUGCCCGAGUCCUUCUUCGAAGGUGGCUACCCAGCCUAUGCAAGCGGGGGUGGCUAUGUCAUUGCCGGGCGCCUGGCACCCUGGCUGCUGCGGGCGGCAGCCCGUGUGGCACCCUUCCCCUUUGAGGACGUCUACACUGGCCUUUGCAUCCGAGCCCUGGGCCUGGUGCCCCAGGCCCACCCAGGCUUCCUCACAGCCUGGCCAGCAGACCGCACUGUGGACCACUGCGCUUUCCGCAACCUGCUGCUGGUACGGCCCCUGGGCCCCCAGGCCAGCAUUCGGCUCUGGAAACAACUGCAAGACCCAAGGCUCCAGUGCUGACUCUCGGUGGGGAAGGCGGAGGUGCUGACCUGGCCAGGGCCCUGGCCUGGGCCUCUGGGGCCUGCCCCUGGCUCAGCCCCUCCUUCCAGGUCUUGAUGGGAGGGAGGAGGGCCCAGAAGCUGGACAACUUAAGCCACUCCUUGGCCUCCCCAGCCAGGGGCCUGGGCAGGAAAGAUGGGGUGGUGGACUGUUUUUGCCUACUUUUUGUUUUUGAAAAACAUGCACUCCCCACUGUGA